AUGGCAAUCCCGUCACCUGAGAAGCUUGAUGAGAAAGUGCUUGCGCACCUUGCCAAGCAGACAGGCUGGUCAGUCCUGGACGUAGAAGAGGUGUGGGAUGUCUUCUGCGAAUACGCUGUGGGCGGCCGCAUUGGGGUGCAAGGCCCGGAGUUCAUUUCUUUGGUGCAGGAUCUGUAUGACGGCGUCACGGAUGAUGAGGUCAUGCUGCUGCAGCAGCACAUCAACGCUGUACGCAAGCGGAACCAUGCUCGCAGCGGCUACAUGCGGAGGGCCUGA